CAGAUAAAGUAUAUAUAAAAUAGUAUAGUUUUUGAUAUAUAGGGGGAAAAAAACUAUGGAACGUGGAGGCAGGUUCCAUCGCUAUCGCAAGCAUGCAAAACAGCCAGCAGCCAGCUCUAGCAUCGGCUCUGGUAAUGGAUGUAGAUGAAAACAUGGGGAAGAGUAAAAAAAAAAAAAAAAAAAAAAAGACAAAAAGGUUCAGGCAUGGGUUUAGCGCACUCAAACACCAAUCCUCCAAGCCUCCCCAGCACUCUCAUCCGUACCAAGCCCAACGAAGGCAACUCAUCAACUGCGGCAGAAGCCAACGAGCUCCAACAACCGGUGCAGUGCAUGGUCCGUGAACAAGACCAGUACAUGCCAAUAGCCAAUGUGAUUCGCAUCAUGCGUCGCAUUCUCCCAACUCAUGCUAAAAGCUCUGAUGAUGCCAAGGAAACCGUCCAAGAAUGCGUCUCUGAGUAUAUAAGUUUCUUCACUGGAGAGGCCAACGAUCGUUGCCAGAGCGAGCAGCGCAAGACUAUUAUUGCUGAGGACGUUCUCUGGGCUAUGGGGAAGCUGGGUUUUGAUGACUAUGUUGAGCCUCUCACUGUGUUCCUCAACCGCUAUCGUGAGACGGAGCAUGAGCGUAGCUCUAUGCGUGAAACAAUCCUGAAGCGCAGUAACGUUGGAGUUGUGGAUUAUGGAAAUAUUGGGAUGCCUGCUUUUGCUCCAUUUUUCCCCAUGGGACCUCCUCCACCGGGGAUUUUUGAUGGUGCAAUUAUGGGUGGAUACUACAGGAAUGUGUCCGAUCCUGCUGCUGGCCUUGGUGGUGGCUCUUCUGAUUCAAACGGCCCCCUCAACUUUGAUCCAUUUGCUCAGUUUAAGUGACAACAUGCAUGAUAGCUAGCUAAACAAGAAAGUGAUAGGACUAAAAGGAACAAAAUAAUCAAGGAAUGUUAUAAAACUAUAGUUGAAAAAGAAUAUAGCUGAUAAAUGAAUGGCACAAAUGAGACCAUUCUCUUCCUUCUUGCUUACUGCAUGCAAGGAGAGACAAUAUUUCCUCCUGUGCCUUCCUUUCCUAAUUUGUAGCUUUUAUCUGUUCUUACUAUUUUGAGUCAGAACAAUGAUAUGCCUUACCGUAGCUUUAAUAUGGUAAGAAACUAAUAUUAAUCUAUAUUUUGAAUGCC